UCAAACGCUUCAUGUAGCAAGAGAAGCUCGGUAGUUCCAUUCAAUAGGGAAUUUCUUGAAGACUUUUAACUGCAAUUUAGUAAAUAUUCUAAUGCGGUGAGAAAACUAAAAGUGAUCAGUGAAUUAGUUUUAGAUGCGAUCAAAUAAUCGCCGAAAAUGGAUCACUUUCGUUGCAUCAUUAUCACAACCGCAAUUGCCGUCGUACUCGUUCUCAUUCUAACCACGGAGCCAUGCGAUGGCUCCACCGAGGAAUCCUCAACCACCCCCGCCGUAACCGUUCCCAACGAUGACCACAAAGACGACACCAACUGGCAACAUGUUCCUAUGCCACCAAUUAAUCUCACCGGAACGGACCUCCCACGACCCAUCGUUACCCCACUGGAUCCCAGUCUGGUGCAACCGAAGCGAAUGAAGCUAAAAGUGUCCACAAAGCGGCGCAAUCAUCAUCAGAGCAACAAAAAUGGAACCACCGUAGCCGCUACAACAACGACCAGUGGGAAGUCUUCCCGACCCAAACACAAGCGGAAGCCCACCAUGCAAAGUGCGCUGCAGACGGCCGCGCGGAAAGGACUGGAAGCGAUGGUUGAACUGUUCGAUAAGCGUGAACCGGAAAUGAUUAGAAAAGGAGCUGUGCUGGAUCCGGAUGAUCCAGGGGCGCUGCUGUCGAAAUUCAGUUCAUCGGACGAUUUGCCGGAAAAUUUUACCAGGUCUGCCUAUGCUGCACUAGUUGCGGCCAAACAGCUGAAAGACAGCACCGACGUCGAGUAUGUGGCCCUUGGACGGCAGGUGCCGCCGAAGAUCUCGCUCAAGCGGACCCCGCUGGAGGGGAUGUGCCCCUCGAGGGAACCACCGCCGUGCGUUCCGGCAAGCCGGCGCUAUCGGACGCACGAUGGGACGUGCAACAACCGGCGCAGGCCUCGCUGGGGCUCGGCGCAGAUGCCGUUCCAUCGGUUUCUGGCACCGGAGUACGCGGACGGAGUGGAGGCGAUCAGGCGAACCAUUGCCAACGCACCUCUCCCAUCGGCACGCUUCGUCAGCCUGGUAGUGCACGGAGCCCGCCAGGAGGAAGCCCCCGUCACAAUGAUGCUGGCCCUGUGGGGUCAGCUACUUGAUCAUGACCUAACGGCAACCGCCCAACCCCGCAGUCUCAACGGUUCAACCCCACGGUGCUGCGGGCGCAAUGACGAAGGUCUCCAUCCGUCCUGUCUGCCCAUCAAGGUGCCACUGGACGAUCCGUGGCUGUCGCCGCUGGGCGUUCGCUGUCUGGAGUUCCUCCGAUCUGCACCGGCCCAGCGACGUGACUGUCUGCUAUCCUGGCGCGAGCAAACCAACCAGGUCACGUCGUACAUCGACGCCUCGCCAAUCUAUUCGAGCAAUCCGCGAACCUCGGACAACGCACGGAUCUUCCGCAAUGGCAUGCUUCUGUUUGGAAGGGGACCGCCCAGUGAAGACGUAUGCUUUCGGGCGGCGCUCGCCAACCAGUGCAUCCGUCCUGGAGAUGCUCGAAGCGGCGAACAACCUGGACUGCUUAUGCUCCACAUGGUCUGGGUCAACGAGCACAACCAAAUCACCACUCAGCUCUCGGACAUCAAUCCGCACUGGAGCGAUGAAAAGCUGUACCAGGAAACCCGUCGAAUCGUUGGAGCCAUGUUCCAACACAUCACCUACCGUGAGUUCCUUCCAAUCGUUCUAGGCAAAGAGGUGUGCCAUUUGUUCGACCUCGACCUGGAAACGAGUGGAUUCUACACGGGAUACGAUUCGAACGUGAAUCCCACGGUGGCGAACGAAUUCUCGUCAGCAGCGUUCCGAUUCGGACACUCGUUAAUCCAGGGGUCAUACAUGCGAGCCGACAGACAUCACCGGUUCAUACCGAACAACGUGACGCUGCACGAGGAAAGCGCCGAAGGAGAUCUUGGUGGCCCAGGGUCCUUGCAUCGGUUAGUGCGAGGGAUGGUCAACCAACGUGCACUGAAGCGUGAUGAGUUCAUCACCGCGGAGUUAACGAAUCAUCUAUUUCAGACUAGAAGUUUCCCAUUCGGAUUGGACUUGGCAGCGAUCAAUAUACAGAGGGGUCGCGAUCAUGGAAUACAGCCUUACGUCAACUGGCGAAUACCUUGCGGGUUGACUCCCAUCAAGGAUUGGUCGGACUUGGAUCGCGUUAUGGGCCCAGCAUCGGCCUUGCGACUUCGUAAAGCUUAUCGCUCAGUUGAUGAUAUUGAUCUGUUUGUCGGUGGUCUUGCCGAACGUCCGGUCGUGGGAGGUAUCGUAGGACCUACCUUUUCCUGUAUCAUUGCCCAACAGUUUGGCAAUCUUCGUAAAGGGGAUCGGUUCUGGUACGAGAACCCUGGGUUCGAGUCCUCGUUCACACCAGCGCAGUUGGAAUCCAUCCGCCAAGUUGCCUUCUCGCAAGUACUUUGUCGGGCACUUGGAGGUGGAACGCUACAACCUCACGUAUUUUUGCCAGCUGACGUCGUACAGAACGAACGAUUACCUUGCGACUCGAAACUGAUGUCACCCAUUGACCUAGAACCGUGGACCGAACGAGACCCUUUCUCGAGACCCAACGACGAGCCAAACGCCGAACAAAGUGACAACGACUUGAUUGCAGCACAAACAUUUUUCUCAACUAGUACGACCCGGAAACCCAUGAAGAACGCUAACAUCAUAAACAAAGUCGACUUUAUUCCAAACGGCAGUACAGGACACCAGAUACCUUCGAACGGACAGAUCGUACUGAACUCUCCUAGACCAUCGACAACAGUAGUAAACAAUAAGCUUGACUUUAACCUAAACACUGCUCGACCGACCUCUCCAAAGCCAAAUCCCCCUAAACCUGCUCCACAGAAAGAUCCCUUUCCUACGCAAUCUACUGUGAUAGACAACAAACUGGAUUUGACAGGAACGACCGCUGUACCGAAAAGAAAACCAACGAGAAAAACUACGCCAAGACUACGGCCAACGCCUGCGACAAACCUAAUCAUCAACAAUGUAGACUUCAGUUUGAAACGUGACGCUAUCGACAACGGAACCGACGAUGAAGAUGUUGAACAUUCUUUGACAAAACGUGACUUGCAUCUAUCGAAACUGUUUACAAAAGAAGACAAUGCUACGCUACUUCCUAAAAACAACAACAACGCACUUCGAAGCGGCUACUACGGGGCACCUGCUCCGGCACCACCCUCUGACUACGACGACGUUAACAACUACGACUACAAUACUGACGCUGACCCACCCGUAUUCGUUAAACCCGGAUACGGCUACGACUCAAGUUACGGACCAGCGACUGACCCACCCCCAAACCCAUACUACGGAGGUUACUACACGACUGAAGAACCUGAACCACCACCACAACCACCAUACUGUGUUUACAAUUGCUACAAUCCACCAGUGACGACGUACAACCCUUAUGGACUCGACACUCGACGACCCACUAACAGACGAACAACCCCCAAAAGAAUACUUUCCAACAAGAUCAUCAGCGCUGACUUUGACAAUGAUCAAGUACGCAAUAGACAAACGACUAGACGACCAAUUCAACAACAAACUCAGACCGUUUUUCAAAGACCUGGACUAGUAGUAAUAAACAAUGUAAGACCAAACGACAAGCCUAUCUUUCUAUCGCCUUCACCUUCUACAUCUGUGCCUUCUUCAUCUGGUCUAAACUCUAAUGUUUUCCUUCAAAAGCCUAUAAAUCCUUCUUCUUCAUCUGCCUCUCAGUCUGUCUUUUCUGUCGACCCUAGACCUCAGUUCUCUUCUUCAAGGCCUAUCCACCAACAAUCAUCUGUCCCUUCGCCUAUCUUCUCUCAGAAAAAGACUAGUCAUCGGAAACCACAGAAACAACUUCUAUCGAUGGCUCGCAAAGACCUCUUACCUUCUCGUAUCGUUUCCUCUAUGCUUAUCCGAGACUACGACUACGACGUACCCGACGCCAAUCGACAAGAUACGCUGAACAUUCACGAACACGACGGCUACCUGCGACCCGAACAGAACAAAUACGAACCCUUGAAGAAGACCUACGGCGACGGAACGUACCGAAAUUACAGUCACUAUAAUGCUCAAGAACCGCACGCCUACAACUACACGAUACGACCAUCGACUGACGUGACACUAUGGCCACGAACAAAUCUCAUACUCGUACGAUACGCCGAACGUUAUCAAACGCCAAUGGAAGAGACUGACGAUGAAUUGGACCAAUACGUUGGACCCUACAUAGACCAUGACAAAGAAACGCACGGUGAUACGGAAGUGACCGACAAACUUGACCUUACCGUUACGAAGACGAAGACAAACGACUACCACACUACAAAACUGACUUCUGAUUCUGAAUAUACUAAUGAGACUACUGACCUAUUUAAACAAAACGCGCUAACGAACAAUGACCACGAUGUUGACCAAACUGGAGAGAAACGGACAGUACAGUACAUAGACUUAGACAAAACUACUCAUAACCAUGAUGUACACGACAUUGGACCCAUGAUGGACCACGAGGACAUUACCAAUACAAAAGCGAAGCUAAUCAAGACGACUUUUUCAACUGAAGACGAUACUAUCGUAGACAUCACCAAUGAAAGCAGUACGAAAGAAGACGAUCAUAGCUCUCUUGCAAAAGACAAUCUUGAACUUGACAAUACUGAACAGGACCAGCUACCUGACAUCUAUCAGACUGUAUCUCAAAAGGACAAAAUAUACAACACUAGGACAAAAGACAUUACUCUACAUCGAACUGACAAUGUGACAGACAAAGUAGACUUUAUGUAUUCGGAAACAGAAUUGACUGAUGCGAGCGAUCUGAACGUGAUAAAUCUAAAAGACAACAAUCAGACUAUUGACAACAAAGAUAAACUGUACAAUUACAAAGAACUCAACAAAACGGAACCUUUACUUAACUUUUACAAAUCUUUUGAAACUGAAGAUACGACCGACAACGACGGUACAGAUAAUACAAAUAUUGAACAACACACGUACAAAAACGAACAGAAACUACAGAACGAGUACCAACCAAAACAAGAACAAACUUACGAUCGACUGACUUCCACGUUUACUGAUAACAAACUUGCUACUAUUGACACCACGAACGCAUAUACUCAUACGGACUUCGAAACGAUAAAAACAAACCAAAAACGUAUUACGACGAAGCACUUCGAAGACUUACCUGACAGUGACCUAGACAAAACGACGACCCUCAAGACUGACUCUACAGACCACAAUGAACCCAACGACCUUCUGGACCAUUUAACGAACAAACCGAACUUCGCCAAGACAACCAAAGGACACACCUACUAUGACGAAUACGACGACGACCCCAACACCACCGACCCCAACUCGCUUGACCAACUAGCCAACCUACUUGACUUCCAAGACGUUCACCCCCGAACACCGGACCGAACGGACCCCAUAGAAUCGAUACUGCCUUCGGACGAAACCGAGACACCGACGCCAGUCUUAACAAAACCACCAGACCAGACAACCCAGCGAACGCAACGACCCCACCACCGAAGACGUAGACCGACCUCGAAACGCCCGACGACGACGACGACGACUAUCGACGGACAUGGUGGACACAACGACCGACGACAACCGGGAAUAGCGCUGGUUCCCUUCGUCCUACUAACUAGUAUCGAACGACCGGACAACUGGGUGAUGUUCAACGUGGCCAAGUCGAAGAAGCGUAAUCCACUGCCGGAUGUGCCGCAGCUAAAGAGCGAUGCGUUCUCGCUGAGCGAGCUUCCAAAGCCGAUUAGUGCGGAAGAUUGAUUUUUCUUUUGUAAACAGACCUUGACCGUGACGCUUACUGCGGAACACGACAUACGAUUGCGACUGAAUUUGAAAAUUGACUGAACUGACUGGACUAUAAGACGAUUUCUUUCUUUCUGUCCUAUAUAUUUCUAAUUGACCGAGAUUAAACCAUGACUAGCAUACACUUUUCGAAAAAGGUAGCUGAAUCAUUGACAUUCUGUUGUGUCGGUUCGAGUGCAUGAAUUUGUUAUUAUUUAUUACAUUAUUUAUUUAUUGAUAUUUAUUAAAACAAUUUAUUACAAAUGAAA